UAAAACCCGGAGCCAGGAGGGAUUGUCGCGUACAAAAAGCUGUCUACCUUCAGGAGUUUGUGUUGGAUCAAACGGGACUAUUUGCGUAACGGUGAUGCGCGUGAUCCAAAAGUGAGGACUUUUUCUACGCACAGAUAGAAGUAGAUAUUUUCGCCUUCAGUUAAAAGUUUUUUUCUUUUAUUUUGGCACACAUACAAGGACUCUGAACUGGUUUGAGCUCUACAGUGGACAUGGCAGAGGGAGACUUCUACACUAUGGGGAACCGGCAGAGGUUCCCCAGGGAUCCGUUUGGAGAGUCGCGGUUCAGAGAUCAGUCUCCAUUCAGGGACCAGUCUCCAUUCAGGGACCAGUCCCCCUUCAGGGAUCAGCUCGCUUCUCGGUUUAUGGAGGACGAGUUUGGGAUGCCGAAUUUCCCAGAUGAUCUGGCGAUGGACUGGCCGGGCUGGGCUCGGCCUGGUCGGCUCAGCACGCGCCUCGCUCCGGCGGCCUUUGGCAGCAGUUUACGCACAGGUUUCCCCUCGCGACAGUCUACGGGAGGAGGCCCUACGCUGUUCACGAGCAGGUACGAGCCUUCCUCCUCUUCCCGGGGCUCACCCGUCACCACCGGAGGAGAGCCGUGGAAAGUUUGCGUGAACGUGCACAGCUUCAAACCGGAGGAACUUCACGUCAAGACGAAAGACGGAUUUGUAGAAGUGUCAGGAAAACAUGAAGAGAAGCAAGAAGAAGGUGGCAUUGUGACAAAGAACUUCACAAAGAAGAUUCAGAUCCCGAUAGAUGUGGACCCACUCACUGUUUUCGCCUCCUUGUCCCCCGAGGGGGUCCUCAUCAUUGAAGCCCGGCAGACUCCUCCAUAUUCUCUCUUUAGCAGCGAGGGCGCUCAGGGGGUUGAAUCACCGCAGCUUGAGGCCCCCAAGCCCCAGGAAGUCCCUUUAGUCUAAAACCCCACCUUCAACCAAUAUAAAGAAAUCCUGUUGCACAUGAAAUAUUUGGCCUUUAGCUUCAUAAUGUACAGGGUUGUACCAGUUAUGUGUAAAUUCAAACAUAGCCUAGUUUAAACCUGUUCUAACUUAUCAAAGAGUUUAUGACACUAUAAAAUGAGAAAAUAUUUACAGUGCAGGCUGAAGUAAAAACCUCAAUCUUAAACCUGCUCCUUGUAGGUGUAAAGUCUUGAAGGAUGAGGAGGAGCAGAAGAUUUUUUUAGCCAUGUGGCAUAAGUAGAGUGUUGUUCAUGUUGAAUUUUAAUACUCAGAAAUGUAGAAUGACUUUGUUCUUAAACCUCCUUUCCACAAAUGUAACUUUAUAUAUCAAACUAGAAGAUCCAACAGCACUUCAUAUCAAUAUAAUGAUAUAUUUAGUACCAAAGUGAUAAACCUGACUGUAUUUCAUCUAGUUAAAUUAAAAUGACUUGCCUGUUAGCAGCUUGUCUAAGCUAGCACAUAGUGUGUAUGAAAUCCACCAUGAAAGUUAGAAUUUUGCAAAGUUCUUCUGGCAAAUUCCAUAUGAAAUAUUAUGGUGGGAAGGAAUUUUGCAGGCACUUAGAUAUCACUGAGGUUCCUAUAGGAAUGAAUAGACUACUGGCUGAAUCCCCUCCAUUAUCGUGUUUAAGUGGAAAUGAGGAGUUAAAGCCACUUUAGUUCGAGUGGAGAUCAUUUCAUCCAUGCAACAAGACUACAGAUCACUUCUGUUUUAAAACAAGAUUUCACUGCUUAGUGUCACUGUUACUAUUUUACACAACUGGCUGUAGAUUAAGGUUGUAGGUGUCAUCACCUAAUGCUAAUGCUUUUUUAAAAUUGUAUACUUUACUGUCACUGUUUGAGACUCAAUAGCAGUAAAUGUUAUUUUCAGCUUUUAGUUUGUACAGAAACUGUUAGGCACAAGAAGCAGCACAGUAGCAAAGACUGCAUAAUGAGAAAUGCUAUCAACUGAUUGAGCACAUAGAGUUACCUGUCACUUAUGAGACAAUAUUUUGGUUAUGUUACGCUCUACUGGUUAACCUGUCUUCAAGGUGCAGCCAGUCAACUUAAGUUACUAGCUAACUACUUUCAGUGUGGGGUUCAGUCUAGACUUUGCACCAUAUCUUAAGACAGAAUUUACACAGAGCUGGUGCAACAGGCCACUGGUAUUCAUAUUUGUCAAAUAGUCAAGGAAAUGACCCCUUUGUGCCUUUGUGAUUUUCUUUUAAAAGUUGCACAGGCAUUUUAGGUAUAGAACAUAAGUUAAGAGGCACCAAAUUCUGGUUUGUACUUUUGCAUCAACUUCACACAACAGCUAAACUGUAGCAGCCUCAGAAGUCUUUUUUAUAUCACUUUUAAAGCAAAAAUAUAAAUAUCCAGGCUUGAAAUAAAAAAAGUAACAUCUUACAUCUAUAUCAAUUACAUCUAUUAUAUUGAAUUUUUGAUUGUCAAAUCAAAACCUAAUGAUUCAUAUCCAUAUCAUUCAUAAUUAGUACAACCCGAAUAGAAGAAUUAUCUUCAGGAACAACAGUACACAGAGGUCAGAGGUCAUAGCAAGUAAAUGUAUGAAUUUCUUAAUAAAUAAACUCAGACUUAUACUUUUAAUAUCAUGCAAAUAAUCAGUUGGAACAUAAUUUUUAUUCACCAUAAUAUAUGUGAUUAUUUUGGUUUAAAAAAAAUUAAUUGUGCCUUUAUUGCCUUGAGUGCCCUGAAGUCACCGUUAAUCUUUUGAGUUAAUGAACGCUACUUAAACUGACAAGAAACAAAAAUAUAUGCUCUCUUUGUUGUCUACAUUAGAGGAUGGAUUGUGUGUUAAUCCUGUAUUCAACCAAAGUGUGUUGUAAAUAUACUUCAUUAUGUUCUUAAUCAUUAUAAAUAAUAAUCUGAAGUGU